AUGGUGAUUAGUCAAUUUCAUCCUUUUCUCCUUUGCAUUUUUGUUUGGUUCGAAUCAUUCCCCUAGCAACCAAAAACAGCAUUUUUCAGAUGGCAGCACGGUGCAUCGUCUAGCUUUUUGUCAUGUGUAUACGAUUGUCUUCGUACAGUCGGAGCUAAUUAAGCCGCUGCAGCUCCCUAAAAUUCCACCCUGCAUUUCAGGAGCAUUCCGCCAGAUCGUAACCCUGGGCAUUUAAUAGCUCACUCGAGUCGGGGUGUCCGCUAUAACGGGUGGAAUAUAUUCCACCCGUGAGAUGGAGGCUGUUUGCGCCCGUCCGCAACCGCACUAUCCGUGACCGGUAACAGCAGCAAAAUGUUACUCUAGUAGCAAACCAUAUCGAGUAGAUAUCUAUUAGAUAUCUAUUUAUCGAGAUAUGUAUAUCGAUUAGAUGUCUAUUUUGAAGCAACCAUAGAUAUCUAUUAGAUAUCGAUUAAUCGAGAUACUGCGCUAUCGGCGAAAAGGGGGGGUAAUAUCCCUAGUAGCAAGGGUAUAUCGAGUCGAUAUACUAUGCUACGCGUUUAAUAGUUUGCUUAUCCCAAUUUUCUUUUCUACCCUCAUCCAUUCCUUGUUGUACGUAUAUAACCCCCCUAUUACCCAUGGGUACACUGGAGACGGUUGUAUUGUAAUUCGUUUAUUAUAAAAAGUCAAAUUAAUAUGUACAACACUUUGCUGAACCCCUUCUGUGUUCACAUAGUAGGUAACGCAGGCGAGAAAUCAGUAGAUGAUCCGGGUAUAUUGUCUAGAAAUUAAAAUCCAUUACUGGAAAACUACAAUUAACUUACCACUGUCGUUGGGCGUCCGUUGUGACUUAAUCCGCCGCUGGACACAGCUGUCGAGCGACCUCUUCAGCCGCUUGGUGACUGCUGACUCAAGGUCAGACAGCUUAACGGUGGAAUCGGUAUUCCACGCUCCGAAGACUUCUGCAUGUUGUAUAGUUGUAAGUAACGGCAGACCUACCAAGAAUAACCUCAUACAAUUUAGGACCGCAGAGGCUCUCUUUCGUCUUUCUGCCUUUGAAAUUUACAUAAAGGCUUAUCUCGUCAUCGAACACUUCGAAGAAAAUUCGUUUGACGAAAUCGUCAAUAUUCUGCCCGCCGAGGCAUGUUAGGAAGGAGGUCUAACUCAAUGGGGUGUGAUUAAUAUGGUGGCUUACCAGCUCCUGUCGGAAACUCUCAGGGGUGAGGGUUUGGACAACUGACCGAUGAUAUUUGAAUGCCACGCACUUGUUUUUAAAAGAACCGGUCAUGGUCACCGUUCGCGUUGUUUACUUAUUUCUAACCCAAAAGCAUAAUUGCCCGUUCACACCUAAAACCUCUUCUAAUUAACAGAAGCUCUUAAGGGCUGCCAUGGUUACUCGAAACAACAUUUACCUUACGCAAUGAACUGUUCCGUCUUCAACACAAAAGCAUCCAAGCUAUUUAGAAUGGCCCUAUCCUUCUAUUAGUUGCGCUUUCUGGUGUUUUCAGACAAUGGGACGAAGAGGCGUUGUUACCAAUGUCCAGGUCGCCCUUCCUUUUUAUAGACAAGGAAUUUUUUUUCUACAAGCGCAUACGGAUAGUCCUAGUAAAAAUGAUGAAAGCCUCUUAUAACACAAUUUGGCCGUAAUGUUAAUCUUCUCUAUCAAGCAACGAACAAAAGAGUUCAAUACAGUUUCUGAUUACAUCGAAUUUAGUCAGCACCAAAAAAGCGUAUUCUACGAGUUGAUCCUUCCCUCUUCAUCAUGGAGUGAGUCCAAUUGGAGUUUUCGGAUAUCGUAUGCAAAACGUCACGAAAGUAGUUCUGGCUCACAUUUGUCUGCUACACCGUUUGCGAAUGUGUUGCCCGCUUACUGGCCAGGCAAAACCCUUUCUUAAAGGCUAAGUAUUCUUGAUUUUACGGAAUAAAUAUUAAAACCGACGCGGUAUACCAGCCCUGUGUAUACCAGCUCAUCUGUGUAGAACCCAUCACAGGCCGCAGAUCCUAGUAUAAUCAGUCGACAGGGGUUUUAUUAUCGCAAUUACCCUGACACCGUGUUUCUUUCAUCUAAUCCAGAGCUACGAACUUGCUAGGCAUCCACUUGGGUGAAAAGAAAGACAAAGCGUACGGAUAAGGCUUAGCUGUACAGUUUUUGAAGUUCACUAAAGUUAUUGGAAAUGCCUGCUAAGUCCGGUCUCACAAACGCUGUUCAGUUAAUUUUGAAAUUCAUUCGUCCCAUCCGUCAAAUUCAUUUUUUCUUAAUUUCUGGUGUACUAGGAUAUUAUUGAAUCCUACCUGAACUUGCGCCUUCUCGCUGACUGCCUUGAUGCCAGGGAUAAGGAAAAACCUUCAUGUGGUAAGAAAAGCCAAUGCUUCGCUCUUCUUAAUUUCACGGCAUCUUACGAAGUCCUGUAGCAAAUAGAUGUCCUCAAUUCCGCACGAUUUCUGAGCCACACUGCCAGUGAACGCUUUCAAAGGUGGCAGUGCUUAUUGGUAGUAAUUUGCCAUACAUUAUUGAUUGCGUUCAUUUGUGCCUUAAAUGCUAGGCCCACAAAGUAUUUGCUGCGUUCUUUUUAGAAAUUGUUUGCCUUUGGACUUUAGACAUAUACUUCUCGGUUAGCAUUUAGCGUUCUCCAACUGUCUGUCAGUGACAUGUCCUGGAAGCGUCCCGCUAUCCCAAUAGUCUUGAAAUUUUCGGAAUAAGUUCACGUGUUCACUGUUGAGAUUGCAGGUGAUUGACAAUGAAAAUGGAUAGGCUCUCGUAGGACUCACUUUUGACGGAUAUAAUGGCUGCUUACUUAUAACGCAUCUGAUAUUGGGCAGUCUUAGACAGGUUAACUUUUCAGCGUUUGGUUUGACGUUAACAUGCAGGUAGCAGUUCUCGUCUUUUUCUCGUCAUUCCUGUCUGUCAUCAGAGAUCACGAAUGCAAGUGCAGGCAUGUGGACAUAAUUUCUGCCUGCUAUUCACCAUAUUUUUAGUACGUGCAGAUAUGGAGCGUUUUUAUGUCAUUUUGUGUUUUUACAGCCAUCCGCUAUCACCUACGCAUAUUGCUAACGUAUGUAUCCCAUUUCCCGCCCUUUAUGAGGGCAGAUUUGCAGUUUCCUGGUCGUUGAAAACUUCGAACUUCAAUUUAAAGGCUGGUUCACCAAUCUGUCCGACGGUGCUACAAUUAAUUGUUGGUUUUUCCUCCAUAGCCGACUUUAAAAUUCUCCAAUCACCCUCACGUUUGCGGGUCCCAUUUCGCCUUUUGGAGACUAAGACAAAGGAAGCUGCUCUGUUAUUUCUGGGACCGUCACAGGGAAUACUUAUCGUCAUCGUAGGAUUUAAAUCUGUCACAAUGUUAGACUUUUCGUGCUUCUUUCUUAAGCCUGCGGAAUUCAGGACCACUUUUAUUGCGGCCUAUCAGAACAACUCACAUGACAUUAUUUCAUUCAGGCGGUCCUUUAUCCUUUCUUGAAGGGUCCUCUUUGGUCAGCGUGCCCCCAGCCUCGUCACCCCUCUACGAACCCUUCCAUCAGCUCCUCGAUUUGACCCGGGGUAAGUGUUUUUCUUUGUUCUCUCCGAAUUUUCAGCUGGCUCGGAUGGUAUCAACUGCUGUGCCUCGGAGACGCCGUUUCGAUGCUUCAAUGUCACCUAUGGGCUACUUGACAGAACAACUACGAGUCCUGUGUGGGAGAUGGUCUCUUUCUCUCUCGCCUGCCAUGGCUAUGUCAUUCACGCCGAACUACACCACAAACCACCAUUGGGGUAUGGAGUGCAUUUUGACUCGCAUGCUCUACUGUCACCUGCAUUUUCCCCAAUUUAAUUUAUCUGCCGCCUACUUUACAACAAAGAUGGUUUGACUUGAAGUUACUUAUGUAGGGUAUGAUGGGAACAGAACCUUCAGGAGUAUGUGAUCGUGAUUAUGAAGUCCGUUUCCUGAAAUGUGUAAGAGCUGUGUACCUCUGUGCCAGUACCUAAUCCCGACACGAACGGUUACCGCGGAAACCUCACUGUCUACAUUUGAAAGUCGAUCUGAAGUAAUUUUAUGGCGGAGCUUUGAUCGCCUAAGGGAGUUGACUUUAACGUCAAACGCCUGACACACAAUCAAGCUUCGAACAUCGAAAUACGAGCUCUUUAAGGGUGUUGCAUAGCGUUCUCUGGACGUGAACGUCGGCAAGCGCCACACAGACUGUCUGACCUGACCAUGUCCGUCAUCGUCGACUCUUUCAGAAGUAGUAUACCCUUUACACCUUGGAAUUUUAAACUACGCACUUGAAGACGAUCGUAUAUUGACUAGUGGUUUUUUUGGCAGUCUGUGUUGGGUUGGACAUCCGGUUGUGAACUCCUGUCUAUGCGCGCACAUCGACGAAACAACCGUCUUUUGCAACUAAUAAUCAUAGAGAAAGAAAAACAGUAAACCGUCGAGAGAUCUGCAGUUUAAAGCCGGAUCGGCAGAUUUUGAAAGCCUGAUGUUCUGUCGUGGUGUCACCUGUCUAAGUUCUGCCUGACACAGUCAGGGAUAUUGUCUUUUUCGACCAUGGCGACUUCUUGUCACAUAUUUUUAUUUCGCUCUCACUCUAGACCGGAGACCCUGCUGAUGGAUUGUGAACCUCAGUUGUCACUUGAAAGAAAUGAAUUCAGGCUGCAAGAGAUGCUACCCCUGAGACGCUUCAUUGAAAGUGAAAUCCUUCCAGCGAUCCACGCCGAGCUCUCCGAUUCCCUCAUUGCCUCCCCAUCACCUACUCCUCCUCCUCCUCCUCCUCCCCCUUGCCUUGCUCAUUGA